CCGCGCUACCUCGGCGAUGACCGUGCCGGUGAGCCUGCGGGAGCUGCUGCGGGGCGGCGGCGGGGCAGAGGGGAGCGGCGGGGCGGGCGCCCCGCCCCCCGGCCCCGGGGAGGAGGAGGCGGCGGUGGUGUGCGUGGUGGGCAUCUUCGGCAAGACGGCCCUGCAGCUGAGCUCCGAGAAGGCGGCGCUGGUGAGCACCGUGUGCGACCGGCAGGUCUUCCCCCUCUUCCAGCGGGAGGGCGCGGGGCCAGGCCGGGCCGAGCCUAGGGCUGGCGGGGAGCUCGGGACCGGAGAGGAGGAGGAGGAGGAGGCCGCCGCCCCUCCUCCCCAGGACUACAACCUGCUGCAGGCCUAUUACAGCCAGGAGAGCAAGGUGCUGUACCUGGUGCUCACCUCCAUCUGCGACACCCCCCAGCUGCUGCAGGCCUGCAGGGACCUCAGCGCCGGGGACGCCAGGGUGCCGGGGCUCGGCCACCCCACUGGCGCCCCGCUGCCCCAUGCCGAGGCCCAUGAGUUCUGGAAGCACCAGGAGAAGCUGCACUGCCUGAGCCUCCUCUACCUCUUCUCCGUCUGCCACAUCCUGCUGAUGGUGCACCCCACCUGCUCCUUCGACAUCACCUAUGACCGUGUCUUCAGGGCCUUGGAUGGGCUGAGGCAGAAGGUACUGCCCUCCCUCAAGGCUGCCAUCAAGGACUGCCCGGUUGGCAAGGAGUGGAAGCUCAACUGCAGACCGUGCCCACCCCGCCUCCUCUUCCUCUUCCAGCUUAAUGGGGCCCUGAAGGUGGACCCCCCACCAGGCAGGGGGCAAGAUCUCUGUGGCCAGCUGGAGAAGCCUCCGCCCAAGAAGCAUUCACCCAAGAGGAGGUUGCAGCAUGCCCUAGAGGACCAGAUCUACCGCAUCUUCCGUAAGAGUCGGGUGCUGACCAACCAGAGCAUCAACUGCCUUUUCACUGUGCCUGCUAACCAGGCCUUUGUCUACAUUGUGGCUGGUGGGGCCCAGGAUGGAGAGGACCCGGUAGCCAUGCUGCUGGAGCAGCUCAGAGGCAACUGCACAAUGAAAGAGACAGAUUCCUUGCUGGCACCCACCUUGGCGGGGCCCAGGAGAUAUCAGAUGAUGAGACAUGGGAGGCAGCAGCUGUCCUUCCAUGUUGAGAGUAGCAGUAGCAGCUCCAGUUCCUCUGGGCAGUUGGUGGACUGCACCCUUAAGGAGUUCCUGUGGCAGCAUGUGGAGCUGGUGCUAAGUAAAAAAGGCUUCGAUGAUAGUGUGGGGAGAAACCCUCAGCCCUCUCACUUUGAGCUUCCCACAUAUCAGAAGUGGGUUGCUGCAGCUCAGAAAUUGUAUGAAGUUGCCAUUGAGGGGAAAGAUGAUGACCCAGCUUCCCCCGCUGGGGAACUGACCUCCAAAAUCAUGGGAAGCAUCAAAGUCUUGGAGGGGUACCUAGAUAUAGACACCAAGUUUUCUGAAAACCGUUGCCAAAAGGCUCUCCCCAUGGCCCACAGUGCCUACCAGUCCAACCUGCCCCACAACUACACUAUGACAGUUCAUAAAAAUCAGCUAGCACAAGCCUUGCGUGUGUACAGCCAGCAUGCCCGGGGACCAGCCUUUCACAAGUAUGCCAUGCAACUUCAUGAAGACUGUUACAAGUUCUGGAGCAACGGGCAUCAGCUUUGUGAGGAGCGAAGUUUAACUGAUCAGCACUGUGUGCAUAAAUUUCACUUACUCCCAAAAUCAGGGGAAAAACCAGAGCCAGAUAGAAACCCUCCAGUGUUGUAUCACAACAGCCGGGCUCGCUCCACUGGUGCCUGCAACUGUGGGAGGAAACAAGCACCCCGGGAUGAUCCCUUUGAUAUCAAAGCAGCCAAUUAUGACUUCUAUCAGCUGCUGGAAGAGAAAUGUUGUGGGAAACUGGAUCACAUCAACUUCCCAAUAUUUCAACCAAGUACACCUGAUCCAGCACCAGCCAAGAAUGAGACCUCACCUGCCCCUUUAGAAGGAGAAGUUGAGAAACUUAAAGAAAAAGAGCCUCAAACCCAGGGAGAAAGCACAAGCCUGAGUUUAGCCCUUAGUUUGGGUCAAUCGACAGAUAGCCUGGGCACCUACCCAGCUGAUCCUCAAGGUGGAGGAGACAAUGCAGAGACUCAUGGGCAAGCAUCAGAGUCUAAAAGCGAGAAGAGGCCAAGCUUGGUAGAUCGGCAGGCAUCCACUGUUGAGUAUCUUCCUGGCAUGCUCCAUUCUAAUUGCCCUAAGGGGCUUCUUCCCAAAUUCUCUAGCUGGUCACUGGUCAAACUUGGCCCUGCUAAGGCUUAUAACUUUCACACGGGCUUAGACCAACAGGGCUUCAUACCAGGAACAAACUACUUAAUGCCUUGGGACAUUGUCAUCAGGACAAGAGCUGAAGAUGAGGGAGAUCUGGACACUAAUUCCUGGCCUGCUCCUAAUAAAGCUGUUCCUGGCAAACGAAGUGCAGUUGUAAUGGGAAGAGGGAGGCGGAGAGAUGACAUAGCUCGAGCCUUUGUUGGAUUUGAAUAUGAAGACGCCCGUGGUCGGAGGUUCAUGUGUUCAGGGCCAGAGAAAGUCAUGAAGGUGAUGGGAAGUGGGCCAAAAGAAUCAGCUAUAAAAGCCCUUAAUUCUGAUAUGCCCUUAUACAUCCUCUCAUCAACUCAAGGACGAGGACUUAAACCAUAUUAUGCUCAGUUUAUAAGACUCUUUGUUGUGGUGCCAGAUGCUCCACUGCAGAUCAUACUGACACCUCAGGUUCAACCAGGACCUCCGCCUUGCCCUACAUUUUACCCUGAGAAACAGGAAAUAACCCUCCCGCCUGACGGACUGUGGGUGCUGCGAUUCCCUUACGCUUAUGUGACAGAACGUGGACCCUGUUUUCCUCCUAAAGAAAACCAGCAGUUAAUGAGUUAUAAGGUUGUUCGAGGAAUACUAAAAGCCAUUACACAAUAAGAAUUAUUCUGGUACAUUGGUCCUGGUUUAAGGUGACAUGUUUUCUGAAUCCAAAUUAUGGAUUUUGAUUCCUGACUGUUGAUACUUAAACAGUAAUCACUGCUUGGUAUAGUGAAACCACUGCAUGUAAAGUGAAUAGGGUCCAGAUUCAGAAUAAAGAUCUGAGUAUCAAAGUGGAGAAAAGAACAUGGCAACUUUCUCUGUUUACCUAUUCAGUUUUCAUAUGUAGAAACCAGCGACUUUUAAUUUAUCUUUAUAUGUCUGAGCCUGUGUCCCUACAUGUUUUGAUGAGUCAGCUGUGUGUCGCUAAUUACAUAUUAAGGAAUUCACAUUAAAAUUACCCCUGCUUGGAAUCAAGCUGUUUACUUGUCAGAUAAAGACAGUGAGAAGAGAACCUUUUUCUGUCUCUGUAACCUGACUUUUUAAAUCAAAAAUAUGGACUCUUAUUGUGUUAUCAGACACUUUGUAUUUGAGUUUUUAAAAUGUAAUUACAGAUAUCUUUUGUCAUUUUUGGAUUUGUCCUCUCAAUUCCAUCAGAGCCAGGAACCCUGUUCAUUCAGGUCAGAAAUAUUUUUUAAAAAGCAAAUUAAAAAUGUCUACAUUCGUGGAUCAGACAACCAGACCUUGUUUUUGACAAUUAUCUAUCCAGUGCCAUAGCUGUGGUUAUAAGAAAUCAGCUCCUACAACUAAGUCAAGGUUAGGUGUGCUUU